CAGCGGGCGGCCACACGGCGCUCCCUGCCCGGCAUGGCGGGGCCGCGGGGAGCCCGGCCUGGCGGCCCCGGCUGCUGCUGGGCGCUGCCCACGGCGCUGCUGUGCGCCUACGGCUUCUUCUGCAACGUGCGGCCCUCCGAGCCCUUCCUCACCCGGUACCUGCUGGGGCCGCACAAAAACCUCUCCGAGACCCAGGUGUUGAACGAGAUCUACCCGGUGUGGACGUACUCCUACCUGGCGCUGCUCUUCCCCGUGUUCCUGGCCUCCGACUACCUCCGCUACAAGCCCGUGGUGCUGCUGCAGGGCCUGAGCCUCAUCGUCACCUGGUUCAUGCUGCUCUACGCCCAGGGGCUGCGGGCCAUCCAGUUCCUCGAGUUCUUCUAUGGGAUGGGGACUGCCACCGACGUCGCCUACUACUCCUACAUCUACAGCGUUGUCGAUGUCGACCUGUACCAGAAGGUCACCAGCUACUGCCGCAGCGCCACCCUGGUGGGCUACACGGUGGGCUCGGUGUCCGGGCAGGUCCUCGUGUCUGUGGCGGGGUGGUCCCUCUUCAGCCUGAAUGUCAUCUCCUUAACCUCCAUAUCCAUUGCCUUCGGCACGGCCUGGUUCCUGCCGAUGCCGCGGAAAAGUCUUUUCUUUCACCACGUCUCCAGUCAGCCGUUCAGCUUGGAGAUGAAGGUCAUGGACUGUAAAAACGGAUCGGCUGUCCAAGAUCAGCCCAGCGUGCAGAGGACGCCUGGCUGGGAGGAUGAGACUAAAGUUCCCUUAAACGUGGAGGGGAGUGCAGCAGAGAAACAGGAGCAGAAAGUAGACAUCGUGAAGGUGCUCAAGGAUCUCUGGCGGGACUUCCUGCAGUGCUAUUCCUCUCGGACCAUGCUGUGCUGGUCAGUGUGGUGGGCACUGUCCACUUGUGGCUACUUACAAGUCAUCAACUACGCUCAGAACCUGUGGGAGGUGGUGCUGCCUUCUCACAGCACAGAAAUCUACAAUGGUGGUGUGGAGGCGGCCUCAACGCUGCUAGGAGCUGUUGCAGUGUUUGUUGUGGGCCAUAUAAAAACAUCCUGGGCAAUGUGGGGUGAAGUGGCACUUGCCCUCUUCUCCUUUCUUAUUGCUGCUGCUGUAUAUAUCAUGGACACUGUUUACAACAUCUGGGUGUGCUAUGCAUCGUAUGUUGUCUUCAGAAUUAUCUACAUGCUGCUAAUCACAAUAGCAACGUUCCAGAUCGCUACAAAUCUCAAUGUGGAACGGUACGCCCUGGUGUUUGGGGUCAAUACUUUCAUUGCCUUAGCACUUCAGACUCUACUCACAUUGAUUGUUGUGGAUGCCAGUGGGCUUGGGCUGGACAUCAUCACCCAGUUCAUGAUUUACGCAUCUUACUUUGCGGCUAUCUCCCUGGUGUUCUUGGCCAGCGGCAUAUACAGUAUUAUUAGAGCUUACAGAAGUCAAGAGCAGAUGCAAAGCAGAUCUCCUGAAAGCCAUUAGUGCACCAAGUGAAGACCUUCAGUGGCUACACACGAAGAUAGAGGUCUGGUUUUUAAUCUCUGCCUUUUCUUCCCAAGGCAGUCACCUUAAUGGCACUUGAUCCAUAUUUAUACUAUAUUAGUAGCACAUUUUAGAAAGUAAAUGUAUUAAGUCUUAUGUAAGUAAGAACAAAUAUCUUCUUUCUAAAAUGCCUUUUGUUCUUCUGUUGCAUAUAUGGGAUGUGCAGCGAAGAACAGUAAGUUUUCUCAAAAAAUGAAAGCCUUGAGAGGCUUUAGUCUGAAGCCAUGCAUCUGGAGACUGUCAUUGAAAAGGCAGCUUUGAUUGCCUGGUAAACAGCUACUCUCUUUGUCAUUAAGAUGCUGCUGUAGUGAGGGCAUUCUCACAGACCUCUCUGUGGAGAGACCUGGGCCUGGAAGAGGAGGUGGCCUUAGGCCAGUGCUCUGCAGCGUGGCUCUUGCUGGAUACUGUGUUUUGAGGACUCAUAUACUUAUGUUUCUGCAUAUACACAUGCUUCUUUUAGUUUAGUAUUAUUUCUGCAGUUUAUCUGCUAUCCCUGCUGUCAGAGCUUCACCAUAGCUGAUCAUGCUACCUCCACAAAAAUCUAACUGUCCUGGGGCGACUUGUGACAGCGCUGACUUCGCUGCCAGCGGUGCUACUUGUGCUGUGAAGGUCUGCACCCAAGGGACUGUAAAGCUCUAGGGAAAGCCUAGAGGGAGUUCAAGUAGACAGGAUGCUGAUCAGCAGAACCAUUGGGCAUCUUUGCCUUUGUCCUCUAGGUCUGCAGAUUCCUGCAGUUGUAAGAGUCACUGACUCGUAUCCCAGGAGCCUGGGCUAUCUCAGUGGGAUGGUGGAUUUGAGUGUAGCACCAAGAAGGAAGGUGACUUGCAGGAUUUUAAGCUAUUCUUUGUAACCUCAGAAUCAUGACUGCAGCGACUAGACAUCUUCAGUUACUGUAUUUAACAAAAUGAACACCUGAGGCCUUGAAAAAUGCUGACUGCUGAUCUGUUGCUUCUUCCCUUUUUAAAAUGCCUUUAUUUCUGGCGGGUCUCUAUCCACUAGUUCUACCUCUUCUUUCCACUUUUAAAAAAAAAAAAAAAAAAGUGUUUACGGGGAGAAGAGUUUUUUUUUCUUUUGUCCAGUCUGAGCAAUUUGGGACUUGCCUCAUAUCUGCUUUUUAAAAUGGUUUAUUUUUUUCCAAAUUGCAUCAACACUGGGAAGGAGUUGCACAGAGCUGUCCUACGCUUGGGCACCUGGGUACUCAGGCAUCAAAACCAGCACGGCAACAGAUAUUUGUAGUGCACUGUGGUCAUGGCCUAUAAGCUGUCCCAGUUGCUGUGAAGGUUGUAGUUUUAAGCGUAUGGGAGAACUGGAAGGGAGAACGUGCUGUGCAGUGUGCUUCCUUUCCAUGCCUUCUCUUUGUGUGGUGGUUGGAGCUUAUUCCAGUCAGCCUGAAGAAGCAGCUUCAUUUCAUUACUUGGUUUGUUUAAUGCCAUGGAGACAUCACAGCUUUUCUCUCCUGGCUGGGACAGAUAUGAUCUUCCUCAUAAAUUCUGAGCACCUCAGCCUUUAUGACACAAGGUGAAUGACUAACGUGUUUGGGAUGUGUUCUCUGGGGUCUGUGGAGCUCUUUAAGGCUGGCUGCUCAGGGAAGUGCGCUCCCAAAAGCUUCACCGUGUCAGCAGGCUGCCUUCUGAGGUGUCUUAGGGGCUCGGCUUUAUUUAUACUUACAUGUGUAAACUUAACUGCCUUAUCCUGAAAUGGAAACUUGAAGCCAACCACAUAUAUAUUCUAUUCUGUUCUUUACUGUAUAAAAAAUAAUGUGAAGCUGUGAAAUGCUAGCUGACGAGCUGUCCUGAGAAAGGGUAGUAAGGGUAUACCUUGUCCUUUGGGUUCCUUGGCCUGAUGGCAGCUGUGAUGUGAGAUGAGGCAUGGACGCAUGGCACUUGUAUCAAGUGACAGAAAGAAGCAACUCAAUUUUAAUUGCACUUUUCAUACAGAGAAUAAGUAUUUGAAGGGGAACAACCCAGUUAAUUCUCAACUUCUAUUUAAAUAACUAAUGAAUUACAGCAAUAACAAUUUUUCUACCAAAGUCAUGAAAUUGUGACAGCUCUAAUAGUGACGUGCUACACUGUGUACAUUUUCAGGCCUAUUAAUGUAUGGAAACUACACCUAGAUGUUGUUCUUAUGUUAUGCUGUUGCUGUGGUGAUGAGGUGUCAGUAGAGCCUGACUGUACGUGGAAUUAUUGAUGCCUAUGAAAUUCUGUAAGCAUAUUGAUGUUGUUGGUAGGACCCCUUCAGCUUGUUUCUAAUUGAAUAGCUAUUUUUGUUAAAUAAAAAUAUUUCAAGAUA